UACUGGGGAAAGAGUGAGCACAAACUAUUCUGAGUUUCCCUUGGAGAGGCACAGCAUUCAGCUAACUGAACAUUCCAGGAUGCUAGAAAAAAAUAUCACUUUGGAGAGCCCUUCUCUCGUUUCUCUCACCUGCGAGUUCACACCAUCAGGAAAUGUGACAUUGGUCAACGUGACCUGGACCAGAGGCACCGAGCUGAUGCUGCGCUCUCCUCACGCAGUGUUCGCGGACAACACCGUGCAUGCCCAGUACCAGUUCUCCAUCAUCAACAGCAAGCAAAUGGGGAGCUAUUCCUGCCUCUUAGAAGGCAAGCAGGAACAAAGGGGAACGUUUAACUUCAAAGUUCCCGAACUUAGUGGAAAAAACAAGCCGUUCAUCACUUACGUGGGGGACACUGCUGUGCUGGUGUGUAAGUGUCCCAAGUGCCUUCCCGUGCGCUGGGCCUGGUACAGAAGUAACGGGAGCGAACAGGUUCCGAUCGAUGCGCUCAUGAACGACACGUAUGUCAUCAGCGGGACCCACAGCAAUAAGACGAAGCUCAAGAUCAAGAAUCUCCGGGAAGAGGACGGGGGCGCCUACUGGUGCCGAGCAGAGUUCCAGCUGGGCCAGAGCACGGACCAGCUGGACCUUGUGGUGCUGAGCUUCCUGGUGCCCCUUAAGCCGUUCUUUGCUAUCAUCGCCGAAGUCAUUGUUUUAAUGUCUAUUAUUCUUCUGUGUGAAGUGUACACAAAGAAGAAAAAGAAGCACCCAGAUGACGGGAAAGAAUUUGAACAAAUUGAGCAGCUGAAGUCGGAUGAUAGCAACGGAGUAGAGAACAACGCCCCCAGGCAAAGAAAAAAAUGAGUCUGCGAGCCGGAUUGGAAUGGAGAUGACCACGUGGAGCUGCGUGGGAGAAUGUGCAGAGACUUCGCCUUUCAGCUUUAAGAGCAUCUGAGUUUAUUUUUUCAAAGAUAAAAGUUUACGCAGCAUGUACAGCAGUAGCUUCUUGAAUGAUAUAUGCUAUCUCAGGUCCAGAGCCUUUAUUUUCAUUUUGUUAUUGUUUUAUACUAAAGCAAGGUA